AUGGCGGACACGUAUGCUCUAGAUGAGCCUCCCGCGAAAAGGGCACGCUAUGAAGAGAGCAAUGAAGCUAUCGAUGUGCCAUCGUCACCAGUCGAUGAUAUGGACGACGACUUCUAUGAGUCGACUCCUGUUAAACCAGAGCCACAAAAUUUGACUGAUGCAAACACCCAGCUGUCAACAGCAGCGACUACAUCCGUUCCAACUACAACUCACUCCUUGGCCCUCCCUGGCCUUGGUUUUCCGAGUAGCGCCUCGCCUCAGCCCGAAUCAAAGCAGGCGCAAGAGGCGGGAGAGCUUGAAGAUGGAGAACUAUCAGACUCCGAGUCGCUCUACAACGAUUCAAAGCCCGUACAAUCUGCCGCAGCGGAUGACCAGAAUUCCCAUCCUCAACACCCCGCUGCAUCAUCGCUCGAACAGCAACCCGCCAUUGACGGGGCCGCUUCCGCUGGCAAAGAAAUCGACCAUAAUGUUGACGUCUCGUCAAAUUCCCUGGCAAAUGUUUCAGCGACUGACACAUCCCCCGAAGUCCUGGCGCCGAACGCAAUCAACGGCAGCGAAGCCGCACAAAGUACAAAGGAAGCCGACACGGAGGCGACGAGGCAACAUAUUUUAGAUAAAGAAGACUUCCUCCGUGCAGGAGAAGCAAAUAAAGGCAAUGCAGAGGCAGAGUGGCAGCUCGAUUCUGAGGCGUCUGACUCUUCGUCCGACUCUUCUAGCGAUUCUUCAGAUUCGGAUGACGAAUCUGAGGAAGGAGAACUUCUUGAUCCCGCGGAGCAGGUUCGACUUCUGAUGAUGGAGAGCGCAGACGAUGGCCCUGGCGCAGAUAAAGCCAAGAUCAAGACCCUGAACGAGGUAGUGGAGGAUUACAAGAAACCCGAAAUAGAAGUCACCGAAGCAACCAAGAUCACAGAGCUCGGAAAAGUAGAGUCAAUCGUUGAUAAUCUCGUGUUGGUCAAGGCCAAUGUAUCGGGAGACUACAGAGUUCUGGAAUCUGGCUCGGCGCUCUGUUUGGGGAACCGUACCGUCAUUGGACAGGUGUCUGAGACUAUCGGCCGCAUUCAGGAGCCACGUUACUCGAUGGGCUUCAACGAAGCUGCUGAGAUCCAGACAUUAGGCAUUGUAAAGGGCACCCCAAUCUUCUACGUGGAUGAGCAUUCGACCUUCGUCUUCACGGAACCCCUGAAGGCCCAAAAGUUCACUGAUGCCUCCAACCUUCACGAUGAAGAAGCGAACGACGUAGAGUUCUCUGAUGACGAAAGAGAAGCGGAGUACAAGAGGAAACAGAAGGAAUUGAAGAAAGCUAGAGCGGAGGCCAACCGUGAUCCUCAAGACCGCGCCCAGCAACCUCCAAAGAACGAUACACCGGCAGUUCCUGCCGCAAACCAAUAUCAGGGAGGUGGUCUGAACUACAGUGACGAUGACGAGGAUCUCGGCAUGUAUAAGCCCCUUGCUAGGCCGGAUCAUUUCGAACAUAUUGUUGGGGCGGGAGCUCCGCUAGAAGAUCGAAGCCAUGUGCGUAGGGGAGGUAUGCGUGGCGGCAGAGGAGGCUGGCCCGAUCGUGGCCGUGGCUUCCGCGGACGAGGAGGACGCGGUGGUGGACCUGACCAAAGAGGAGGGCGACGCCAGCAAGAGCAUGGACGUCAACAGGAACGAGGCCGGCAUCAAGAUCGCGGCAAGCAUCCUGACCCGCGAAACAGAAAUGGUCAACGCGAGAAUCGAUCUGCUUCGUCCGCGUCUCCCAACCGACAGAACCAGGGACGGCAACAGCAUUCAUCUCCACAUGGAAACAAGGGGCGGAACCGGCCUCCAUUCGCGUCUUCCCCAGGACGCAACUCUGGAUCGCCUGCGCCCGCUAAUACCAAUGCCUACAACCAGAACAGCAAUGUUAAUACCGCCUGGUCAACGCCUCAGUCGUAUUCCGGAUUGCCAGCUCCGUCUGGUCCUGCACAGGCAGCUUCAGCAGCUCCCCCGCCACCUCCUCAGGACCAGCAACAACAACAGAACCUUGCUCACCAAGGCCCGCAACAGCAACAGCAACAACCUCAAGCACAACAACAGCAACCCCAAGCCGCGCCUCAGGCUCAAUAUCCUUUCCAGUAUAACUAUCCACCAGCCGGUGCACCUAAUACAAAUGCACCGCAGACUAAUACGCAGGGCCAGACUCCGUCGCUACAAGACCUCUUGAGGUCACUUGGCGGCGGCGGCCAACAGAACCGAUGA